AUGCAGCCGCAGCGCGGCUGCUUGCCAGGAACGAACUGCUGCGUUAAUGUGCCGGCAGAGACGUAUGUGGCAGUGGAACGCUUCGGGGCUUUCCAGAGACUGCUGGGACCUGGCUUCGGCUUUGCAGGGCUGGACCUCUGCGGGACGUGCAUCGCUUUCCGCGCCGUCUCCACACGCCUGGAAGAGGACCACUGUUCGAUAUCGACACAGACGCGGGACCACGAGUUCAUCACAGCAGAGAUUACCGUCCAGUACUCGGUGAUGCCCAAGAUGGCCAAGCACGCCAUCUACAAGCUCUUGCACGAGGACUUUGAUGGCCUGAUGAGGUCUUUCCUUACAGGACCGGUCUGCGGAUUCUUGCAAAGGCUGCGGCUGGAGGAGGUGUUCGGAAGGAAGGAUGAGAUGACGACGUCCGUCCGAGACCAGCUUUCCGACUACGUGCGCGGCUAUGGCUUCACCAUCCACCGCAUGGAGGUGACCGAGCUCCGGGUCUGCCCGGAGGUGAUGCACGCCCUGAACGAGGCGCAGAAGCAGCGGCGAGCGCGCGACACCGCCGAGCUCACCAUGGCCAGCCUUGCAGCGCAGCGCCUGCAGGAGGCCGCGGAGCUGGCCUCGGCGUCGCAGCUCCACGGCGAGCGUCUCGCCUCGGAGUGCGCGGCGCUCCUGGGCGAGCUGGAGGGCGCCCAGUCCAAAGAGGAGCUCUUCGACAGUUUCGAGUCGGCCCAGAUCAAGAGAGCGAUUUUGGAGACCAGUGCCCAGCCUCUCCCUGAUGAUAUGGACAGCAUCCAGGAACUUCUGAAGGAGGCGGACGACGAAGAUUCGUCCUUGAUGACGAGCUCACGUGUUGCCGGGGUGGUGCUCGGCCGGUCGACACCUGGACCGGCACAGAAUGUCAUGACCUAG